CCUUAAAUAGUGAGCACUCCUUUUCCUUUCUCUUUCAAUUUUAGUGGAAAGUCAUUUUCUCUCUGGUGGACUAACAUAUGGCGGCGGAUGCUUAUCGGAAGGACACCAACACUGUGCAGCUGGAAGUGAUGUCGCCGGAUCUUACUCCUCUCUCUCCGGAAAUCCCUCUCAAUGAAUAUGAAGCUCCAGAAGAUAUGCUUCCUCCAAAUGCUAGCAGUACAUUGUAUGUAGAGGGUUUGCAUGAGGACUGUACGACAAGAGAGGUGGCACACAUAUUCCACCAUUUUAAAGGUUACAAAGAAGUUAGGCUCGUACCAGAACCAUCAAUAUAUCCUGGAGUCAAUACCUUGAUUCAUUGCUUUGUUGAUUUUGUGAGUCCGCUUCAUGCAGCUGCUGCCAUGGAUGCCUUACAAGGUUAUAAAUUCGACCUUGAUGAGCAUGAUUCAUGCAACUUAAUGCUGCAAUUUGCUCGCAAUCCUGGUGUGACGUCAGCUGGAGGGGAUUGUUGAAACUAUGUGUAUUUACAGGACUUGCCAUGUUUUGAGAGCGAAGUUAUGAUGCAAGCAUGUUUCUCUGAUCAUGUAUAUUAACUGUAGCUGGUGCUUAGCAGUUUGAAGACAAAGUUGCUUGUUAGAUCAAAUUGUUUAAAUUUCUUUUUAAAUUCGCUACAACUUAUGACAUUAUCAACUUGUGCUCUUUUGUUUAGUGUCUGAUUGCUAUCAUUUGGGUCUCGAGACUUUUUAAGGUUAAUCCUUGCUAGAAAGUGUAUGUGCUUUAAUUCCAUGGUGAUUGGUGAUGGUUUGUGGAUUUUUAUUUGGAGUCAAAAUGAAAGCACUUACUAUAUAUUGUAUAUGUAGAGUCUCCCAAUGUCUAUAUUAUCCAUUCUGAA